AUGUCGUCCGAAGAAGAGCGACAGGCCGCCCUCGACUCGUACCGAGCCAAGCUCAUCGAAUCCCGCGAGUGGGAGGCAAAGCUCAAGAACCUGCGGCUAGAGAUUAAAGAUCUACAGAAGGAAUUCGAUCGAACGGAGGAUAAUAUUAAGGCGCUGCAGAGUGUCGGGCAGAUCAUUGGUGAAGUCCUGAAGCAGCUGGACGAGGAAAGAUUCAUUGUCAAAGCAUCUAGCGGACCACGAUAUGUUGUAGGAUGUAGAUCCAAAGUGGACAGGGCGAAGCUAAAACAGGGCACCCGCGUGGCCUUGGACAUGACGACGCUCACCAUCAUGCGGAUGCUGCCGCGCGAGGUCGACCCGUUGGUGUACAACAUGUCGUUGGAGGACCCCGGACAGGUCAGCUUUGGUGGCAUCGGUGGACUGAACGACCAGAUCCGAGAGUUGAGAGAAGUCAUCGAGCUUCCCCUCAAGAACCCCGAGCUCUUUCUGCGAGUCGGGAUCAAGCCUCCCAAGGGCGUCCUGCUGUACGGCCCUCCGGGCACCGGCAAGACACUUCUCGCGAGGGCGGUGGCGAGCAGCCUGGAGACGAAUUUUUUAAAAGUCGUAUCAUCGGCCAUAGUCGACAAGUACAUAGGCGAAUCAGCUCGGCUUAUCCGUGAAAUGUUUGGCUACGCCAAGGAGCACGAGCCUUGCAUCAUCUUCAUGGACGAGAUCGACGCUAUCGGCGGUCGACGAUUCUCGGAGGGAACCAGCGCAGACCGUGAAAUCCAGCGGACACUGAUGGAGCUGCUGAACCAGCUCGACGGCUUCGACUACCUCGGAAAGACCAAGAUUAUCAUGGCGACGAACAGACCUGAUACUCUCGACCCGGCUCUGCUUCGUGCCGGUCGGCUGGAUCGCAAGAUCGAGAUUCCGCUGCCCAACGAGGUCGGGCGGUUGGAGAUUCUCAAGAUCCACGCGCAGGGCGUCGUCGUCGACGGCGACAUCGACUUUGAGAGCGUCGUCAAGAUGAGCGACGGCUUGAACGGCGCCGACUUGCGAAACGUGGUCACGGAAGCCGGACUGUUUGCCAUCAAAGAUUAUCGGGAUUCGAUCAACCAAGACGACUUCAACAAGGCGGUGCGCAAGGUGGCCGAGUCGAAAAAGCUCGAGGGCAAGUUGGAGUACCAGAAGCUGUGA